AUGUUCCCUCUCUUGUCUCUGGCUCUCUCUGCGUCGGUUGUGGUCGCUGCUCCGGCUGCUAUCCCCAAGCUGGGCAGUAUCAUCUACGACGGAAGGGUGCCGUGGAGUUACACGCCGUAUAGUUUCGAUGCCAACUCGUCGAUAUACCAGAACACGGACAACGUGCAUGGUGUCAAUCAAACCUGGGACCAGAUCAUCAAGCUGCCCAUCGUGACUCCGUCGAUGUUCGAUCUUCCCAACACAGUGUUCCCGCACGGCACCCGCUCGGUCGAAGUGACUAUCAACGACAACAGCAUCUUCCAGCCUGGCGGCGCAGGCCCAGACUACGGCUUCCGGCGCUCCGAGCUCGUCCCCGCGCCCAACAACGGGACAGACGCGACGGUCCAGGGCACCACAACCUUCCACUGGUCGGUGCGCACGGACCCGACCCGUCCGCUCAACUACACAGGGCACGAAUAUCACCCGACGUGGCACGAGACGCAUGAUUACUCGACGAGCGAAUUCACCUUCCACACCGGGACGUACUUCAACCAGAGCAAUGAGAUUCCUUAUUAUCCUGGUCUGGACCUUACCACCCCAAAGACGCUCCGUCUUGCGGGAAGGCAGACUUCGCCAGAGUUUGUCUAUAUCUCGGUACCGUUCACGGAGGAUACGUGGCACAAUUUCGCGGUUACUCUAGGAUGGAACUCUAACGAGAUGACCAUAUACUACUCGACGGACUCCGAGCCGUUGAAGCUCGUCGCCGGUCCGGUAACAAACAAUAAUACCGGUGGCGGACAAUUCCAUAUGGGUGUGUUCAAGCUGCCUACUCCGCCUUCUGCGGACGUUGCAACCGAGGGCUACCAGGAGUCGAACAUCAAUGAAGGUCUUAUCUACGGCGGGUGUUUCAUCGAAGACAGCUCUAUGGGCGGCGUUAGGCUGUCGCCUUGGAGUUAA